CCUUUGAAAAGUGCAAGCAAUUCACAACCUCUCCAACAGCUGGGAUAUGCUCAGCUUCCUAGAAGAAGGACCACGAGAGUCCCAAGAUGAAGGCUGUGUUCCUGACUCUCCUCUUUGGUCUGGUUUGUGCUGCCCAGGAAACUCCAGCUGAGAUAGACCCCUCAAAGAUUCCAGGAGAGUGGCGCAUCAUUUACGCAGCUGCUGAUAACAAGGAGAAGAUUGUGGAAGGAGGCCCACUGAGGAAUUACUAUCGUCGGAUUGAAUGUAUCAGUGACUGUGAAUACCUCUCCAUUACAUUUUAUCUCAAGGACCAGGGCACAUGCCUGUUGCUCAGAGAAGUGGCAAGGAGACAAGAAGGAUAUGUGUACAUCAUAGAAUUCGAUGGUACCAAUACUUUGGAAUUGAUUCAUGUGUCAGAAAACAUGCUGGUAACUUAUGUUGAAAAUUAUGAUGGGGAGAGGAUCACAAAAAUGACCGAAGGCCUUGCCAAAGGAACCAGUUUCACUCCAGAAGAACUUCAGAAGUAUCAGCAGCUGAACAGUGAGAGGGGGGUUCCAAAUGAAAAUAUAGAAAAUCUCAUCGAAACAGACAAUUGUCCUCCAUAAGAACAGUGAAGAGCGGUUGGUAAAAAAAUGAAGAGACCAGCAUCAAAGCACUAAUGUGUCCCAAUCAUCCAUAUGAAAACGGUAGACCUUUUCCUCGGAAUCAUCAUUUCUUCUGUCGCAGGAAAUCAUGACCCUGAACCCACGGCUUUCCAACUAUGAACAUCCUCUGCUCUUGCUAAUGUUACUGGAUUCCUAAACUGAUCAAUAAAUUGAUUAAAGCACA